AUGCCUAUCCUUGGACUCGCCCCGGAACUGUACCCGACGAAACCGGCUCACUUCGAUAUUGAGAAGGUCAUCCGGCCGAAUAUCCUCGCCCUCCACCCAUACCGAUGCGCACGCGACGACUACUCUGAAGGAAUCCUGCUUGACGCGAACGAGAACGCUCUCGGCCACUCGAUUCCAUCCGCCUCUUCGUCUGCUCUUGAGCCCGAGCUCCAGCCCACGCUGAGCCUCGACCUUCACCGCUACCCUUCGCCCACCCACGACCCCAUCAAGCAGCGUCUUGCGGAGCUGCGGGGUGUCUCUGGCCCAGAGAGCAUCUUCUUGGGCGUCGGAUCCGAUGAAGUGCUUGACUUGCUCAUUCGGGUAUGCGUCGCGCCUGGGACGGAGAAGAUCCUGAUCACGCCCCCGACGUACGGCAUGUACUCGGUGUGCGCGCAGGUCAACGAUGUCGGCGUCGUGAAGGUCCCUCUAGAGCUUAGUGGGGAUGCGGGUGAGGGCGGAGAACGCGGGCGGUUCUCGCUCAGGGUGGACGAGGUGAAGAAAGCGAUCUCGGAGGACCCUUCAAUAAAGCUCAUAUUCCUGUGCUCUCCCGGAAACCCCACCGGCACGCUUAUCCCGUUAUCAUCAAUACGGGAGAUUCUGGAGUACGAGGAUUUCAAGGGUAUCGUCAUCGUAGAUGAGGCAUACAUCGACUUCGCGGACGAGGAGGCGAGCGCGGUUUCGCUGCUCAAGGACUACGCGAACCUCUGUGUAACGCAAACCCUUAGCAAGAGCUUCGGUCUGGCCGCCAUUCGGUUAGGGAUUGCGUUCGCCCACCCGUCCCUCAUCCAAAUCCUCAUGAACACAAAGGCGCCAUACAACAUCUCCACCCCCACCGCCGCCCUCGCGCAAUCAGCCUUGUCACCCGACGCCGUCGCAUUGAUGAAGCAGAAAGUCUCCACGCUAGUUGCGUCGCGCGCGUCACUCCUCCGCGGACUGGAGGCACUCGCACCCUUAGGCCUGGGCCCCGCGAUCGGUGGAAACACCGCAAACUUCGUCAUGGUUCCAGUCCUGGCGAAAGAUGGGAGCGGAGCGCCGGAUAAUGUACGCGCGGGGAAGAUCUACAAGACGCUAGCGGAGUCGGAGGGCGUUGUGGUGCGGUUCCGAGGAAACGAGGCGGGAUGUGCCGGGUGCCUGAGGAUCACGAUUGGGAGCGAAGAUGAGAACAAGGUAGUACUGCAAAAGUUCAGUGAGCUGUUGAAGGCGUUGUAGACUGUAGGGUGGAUUUGUGCGUGCGUAUAGAAGAAGAAGUCUGAAACUCAA